AUGGCCGCUGAUGGUGGCGCGUUGGACGUGUCCCAGCUGAUACAAGCAGCAACUGAUGCUGCCCCUACCGCUGCUGAUGCAGCUGCUGCCUUGAGAGAGGCCCAGGCUAGUCGUGGACCUGGUUUGAGUGGAAAGGGGUUCAGUGAAGCCUCAAAAGUCAUUGGACAACCUGACCCGUUUGGUUCUGAAAAUCAUGAAGAAGAUCUUAGCAAGUGGCAAGACUUCACAGUGAACUUCAAAGCUUGGUUGUUCUAUGGUGAUAGUGGUUUUGAAACUGACCUUCAUAGAAUCGAGACCAACUAUAGCUUCAACUUCGAUAGAGACAAAACCCUGAUGGACCAGAUCUUAGGCCUUGAACGCUUGAGAACCGAGUACAUGAGAUCUUCUGGAACUGAUGUAGCUGAUGACCUGAUGUUGAGCAUCUUGGUCAAGUCGUUGCCAAAGGCAUUGCAGACCCACAUUCAGCUGCAGAUGACGGAGCAUUCAACGUAUGCCCAUGUCAGGGAGCUUGUCCUCAGCUAUGAGUCGGUGACGACCACUUGGAGCGCAGGUCGAAUUCAUAGUGAACUUGGCAUUUUGCUAUCCAGCUCUACUGCUUCUUGUGCGUACAAUGGCCCUGCUCCUAUGGAGAUUGCCUGGUUUGAAAAGGGCAAGAAAGGCAUAGGCAAGGGAAAGCAGAAAAGUAAAGUGGUGAUUGACUCUGGAGCUGAUGGUUCAGUUCUGCCCAAUGUGGAGCCACCAGAUGAGUUGCCAGCGGCUGCAGAAGAAGCUGAGUUACCAGUUGCAGAGAGACCAGAUGUGGACUACAAGUCUGUGAUGGUUGAUGGUGUGAUGUUUCCAGACCUGUCCAUGGACAACCAGUCCCUGCAGAACCAAGUGAUGCUGAGAAGGCAGAGCACUAUCUCGCGCACUGUCCCUUUGCCAAGUGGUGUGAACUUUGUGUUGCAAAUCGAUCACAGGAAGAUGGUCAUUCUGAACAACAUCACACUGCAUGGAAUGGAGAGAUGGUUGGAGGUGUUGCAGGCCUUCCUAUGCCUGCGCCACCUUUGCCUGUACCUUUUGGGUUGCGUUGACCACUGCACCGUGAUGACCUACAGUGACCGUCAAGGCGUUUCAGCAUGUUGUGAUGGAACACUGAUGCAAGCCUGCAUCCAAUUUUUGUUGGACGAUGGUAUCAAGGUGGAGUUCACGCUGAACUUGGACAACUCUGCUGCCAAAGCCUUUUUCUUUCGCUCAGGCGAAACUGAAGAAAGUGAACUUCAUGAAGAAAGUGAAGAAGAGGAGAUCCCAGAGGAAUCACCUUCUGAGAUCGAGGACGAUCCCUUGGACAAUGAAGCUGCAUUGCAUCGCGCUAUGGUGGAAACCAAUGGAGUGCUCACUGCUAGGGAGCGCCGUUUGCCUUCAGAAUGGAAUGAAGCUGAAGCCCGCAAUGAUGUGAUUGCCAUGGAGGAGAUCGAAGGCCUUCUGGUGGAAGUUCGUGACUUGCGCCACGUGGUGAUGCAAAGUGGUGAUGCAAUCAUAGCGUGUGGCAUGCAGAAAAAUUCAACAGAGUUGGAACUCAGCACACCGACUUUUGAGAUGACUGAGUUUGGAAUUUUUGGAAAUAGAACUGAGGAAUUUAGGUUGUCAGGCCAGCUCCUUAUCCAGUGUGUCAUGUGGGAUUCACGCAACGCAGCUGUGCCUGUUGCGCCCAAAAAUUUGGCAUCACAUGCGAGUGUGCAGGAGAACGGUUUAAUUUCUGAGAGAAGCCCUCCUGGCAGCGCCAAUGUGACACCGUUGUCACUGGACGGCGGCACAAGGCAAUCAUCGGCCACACCGAUACUUGGCGCCUCAAGCUCUCUCCCAAGUUCGCCAAGUGGUGCCCAAAGAGGCAUUCACUUAGCCCCAUAUGUCGGGCCAGCCAGCAUACAAGCUCCACCUGUUUGGCCCUCAGUUGACACCGAGGUCACCGAGGUCACCGAGGCCUGGUUCACCUGCGUUGUUUCGAUUGAAUGUGUGGAUGUGGUGAGCACAUAUGAGCCGGGAGCUCGCAACAUGUCUCACGAACUGUCUGACUGUUUGAGUGUGGGCCGUAUAGGUCGAGUAUGCUUGGAAGGGGAGCAGCGUUGGCUGGGUGGUGGGGGCUGCAUAGAGAUAGGAUGA